AUGACUACUACAACACAACCACUCAAAGCUUCCGGAGAUAUCUCUGAGCCAAUAGCCCCAAAUGUACAAAGCAGUUCUUUCAACCACUGGCAAUUGUUAGAUGAGACCGGGGACCAAAGGUGGCCAUCAUGUUGUCUUCAGAUGCAUGUGCCACAUGACCCCUUUAACUUUUCCUUUGAAUCCCAUGUUGCCCCUGCCAACACAUGGCACUGUCCCAUUUGCUGGGGGGUUAAAGGGUCCUACAAACCUCACUCUCUUGCUCCAACUGAUUUGAGGAAUGCAACCCUUUCUUUCCAUUGCACUUCCACCCAAGAAUUGGCCCCGGUCACCCAGUACUGCUUGUGCUGGUCGAGUGAGUUAGUCUCUUGUUUGUUGUCUUUAGUUCUGUCACUCUCCUAG